UCGCGAGCAGCGAAUAGGGAGGCUCGCGAUGUGUGCGGACGUUACGCAAAUGCGCGAAUGCGCUGCGAAGCAUGCCGCUUCUUGACGAAAGGAGGAGUUUGCGCGAGUAAAUUGACAGGUGCGGGUUCCCCGCCGCGCUGCCGCGCUGUUUCAGCGCCACUGGUCUUUUAUUUUGACGCGAGUGUGGAUUUUGCUCCUGUGCGAAAGCUGUAACGGGACGCAAUGGUUGUGUCUUCAAUUGUGCGCUUCGCGUGUGAGCAGGAGCGUGAUCGCGCACGGGCAGCUCUGUGCCGUAUUCACGCCGGCCUGCAAACUCGCAACAAUUUGGGCUUUCAACGCGAUAAAGCGGGCAAAUGCGAUAAAGCAUGCGUUUCAUGGCAGGUGUCUGCACGAGCAACUUUCCGCCGUUACAACGCGGCCGGAUGUCGCAAACGCGACGCCUUGGUACAGACAGGUUGCUUAUUUAAAACAGGAUUUCACAGGAAACCUGUUUCAAGAUUCUAAUCAGUUUUAAGCGGCCUCGCGAUGUGCGCAGCGUGGAGUUUUUCCUGAAACAUUUGUUUCAAGGAUCGCAGGGACAGUUGAUUUACGGUUCCCAGUCGUGAAGGUUUGGACCCGUUUAUUCACGUUUGUUAAGACAGGUCACAAGUGCGUUGGUUGGUGCUAUCACGGCCUUUUCUUUUUGAACUAUUGUUGUCGACGGUAGCAGCGUCCAAGGACGCCUGCUGAACGGCGUUAUUCAUCGAGCGCGACGUGUGGGCGAGAUCGGCGCCUCAUCUUCUCGUGUAUCUGGCCUGUUUUCAUUUCCUGCAGCGAACUUCGCGCAGCGGCCAGUGGCGCGUUCACCUGCGCAGCGAAUGGAUCAUUGGCUCACUCAGUGAUGUUCGCAGCCGCCAAUGCGUCGACGCCGGAAGAGUGAUACACCGCGCAUCGCCUCUUUCUGUUGGCUGCUGAGGAGGCCUCGGUUGGCUGCCACAGCGUGAUGCAGGAGGCGUCAAGUCGAGGGGACACAGUGGUCAGCAUGCCCAGUCUGCAGCAGCCCCUCAGUGGUGGUGGCAGUGGCCACUGCUCAGAUCAGGACUCCACGCCGUCAAGAGAAUCCUCACCAGCCCCUGCUGCGCCUACGUCUCCUUCACCAUCUCCCCUUACACCAACUGACACCCAUACACAAGCCCAACUCGAAGCUGAUAAGAGGGCAGUCUACAAGCAUCCUCUGUUUCCCCUACUGGCCCUCCUCUUUGAGAAAUGUGAGCGAGCCACUCAAAGUGCCGAGGCCCCCUGCUCUGAAAGCUUCAGCUCUGACAUCCAGGCGUUUGUGCAGCACCAAGAGCAGGACCGCAAGCCUUUUUUCAGCGAUGAUCCCGAAGUGGACGGCCUGAUGGUCAAGGCAAUCCAGGUGCUUCGCAUCCACCUGCUGGAGCUGGAGAAGGUGCAGGAGCUGUGCAAGGACUUCUGCAACCGCUACAUCGCCUGCCUCAAGAGCAAAAUGCAGAGCGAGAACCUGCUCCGGUCCGCUGACUUUCCAGGCUCGGGGUCCCACUGCGAAGGUGGCAGCAUGAGCGACACGGCUUCCUCGUCUUCGUGCUCUUCGCCCCCGCCGCCAGCAGCCAGCAACCCGUCUCCCCCUCCCGCCCACUCCCUUGUCACUGCCACACAGAUCCAAACAAGUGCAACUCUGCCUGUGAUAGCAUCAAUCCAUGGUGGGACACCAUUGUCUCAGAUUGGUGCAAACCUCUCCGCUUCUAACCAAGACCAUCGAGUCUCUAACCUCGCUCCAAGGGCUCUCUCAGUGAGUGGUGAUGAUGAAGAGGAGGACCUCCUGGGCUCGAAGAAGAAACAGAAGCGCGGAGUGCUGCCGAAGCAGGCGACGAGCAUCAUGCGCUCUUGGCUGUUCCAGCACAUCGUGCACCCCUAUCCCACUGAAGAUGAAAAGAGGCAAAUAGCAGCUCAAACCAACUUGACCCUUCUCCAAGUCAACAACUGGUUCAUCAAUGCCCGUCGGAGGAUUCUGCAGCCAAUGCUGGAUGCCAGUAACCCCGAGAACAGCCAGCAGAAAGCCAAGAAGGCCAAAGUGCAGACGGUGCGGCCGGUUGAGCGCUUUUGGCCCGAUGCCAUCGCAUCCCUGCAGCCUCGAGCAUCGAGUCACAAUGGCAUGGCUCCAGUUUCUUCUCCCAGCGCCCAUGGCAGGCCUUCCACCAGUGGUACAAGCCUCUGCUCCGAAGCAUCUGAUGACAGUGCCUGUGGAGGGGACACUGGUCACUCGGCAGCCGAAGACGAGAGCAGGGACCAUGGCAGUAGCAGCAAAGCCUAACAGCACAACAGCCCUGCUUCUAAAUAACAAUGAGCCAUGCCCAGCACUAGACAAGGGCAACAGUGCUGCAUCCUCUACAUCUCUUCUAGGAAUCUGAUCUUCUCAUUGUUCGUUUCUGCUACGUCUUCUGUGCAUUCCGGUAGUGUGUGCUCCCUUUUUUUUUUUUUUUCUUUCCCCCGAGUUCUCACUUCAGUCUUCUAGACUAGCUUAUAUCAUUUUACAUCAUGUGAUGUAGCACUACUGAUCGCACUUGUCGGUGAAAAAGGUGGGCUUCUGCUCGGUUGAGGCACGGCUCAUGUGUGUGCGCUUACCCCCUUUGAGAUUGCCUUAGAGGUGCCUCUCAGUGCGUGCGAGCCUUCUUUAUCCCAAGGAAUGAGUGAUACAUAGGGAGAGGGAAGAAUCUUUUCUGCACAGCUUUCUUUUCCUCAUUGGUGUCAUUCGAGGCAAGCUUUAGUUUUGUGCCAUAUCGCAAAGGCAUUCGUGAUGCACUUCUUGGCCAGGUGCUCGGUUACGUAGAUCUGCAGUGCAGAACAUGUCAUUUCCAGGUGAAUGCAUGCCAUUCCUUUAUACGAGCAGGCAUGAAAGCUGCUUGUCGAUGUGUCAUCAUCAUAAUAAAAGCAAAGAUCUGCACAAACAGACACUCAGUCAUGCUGAAAGCUUGUCUGGUGCUGCAGUUAAGUGAUGAACGUGCUUUUCCGUGCUUUUGCUUAGUUUAAUACAGUAUAAGGACAUAAACUGUCAGCCGCAUUGCUCAAGCAUUCGUGCACAUUAAAUAGUAAUGGGAACACAGUCACUGACUGAUCCUUUGGACUUGAAGCUGGCCAUGAAACUGUCGCAAAACCACUUCUGGUCUGCCACCAACAGACAGAUGUAUGUGCGUAACCUUGAUCUCGGUGGAUGAGGGGAAUGACAACCGGCAUGCUUUCUGUUAUAUAAUUUUUGGCUCACAUUGAUCUGUAAGAUUUUUCUAUACUUGCUACCAUGGGCUGAAAUGUAUAGGUGCUUUUUGGUGUGAUUUCAAUCAAAUUGCUCAUCAAACAGCUCAUGAAAACACGAGUGGCCCAAAAUUUUCAGCCAGUUUCAUCGUUUACAAUGCCGAUAUUGACGAUGCGCAACAUCUCAAUUUUUGCUCGGUGUUACACAUUGGUGCAGUUGAAAAUUAUUGCCAGGCAGGCCCACAAAAUGUUUCAGCUUGUAAGGCAGCGAAAUCAUCUUUUUAGACGCCCUCUACUUAGAAUUUCUAAAGACAGUCUGGAGGCACUCACAAUGUUGCACUGCAGUUCUCCACUGCAGUUCUCUAUUCAUGUUUCUCAUCUCGGACUUACUAGGGGGAUUCAACGGAUGCAUGACUUAUGGUAUGUUAUAUCGAUGACUACACUGUUCACAUGCUGGUUUGCAAUCUCUUCUCUGCAGCAACAGCAGAACUCAUUGACACAGACAUAAGCUUCAUUCUAGCAUCAACACAUACACUUUUCACCUUGUGGAGAGCAUCAUGUGUGUAACUGGAGCAUUGACACAUGGCUGGCAUUGGUCAACUUAAUUGAAUCUGUGUCCAUUCAGGCGAUUGGCAAGGUGCGGGAUAACGGUUAGAACACCGGGGAAUAUAUGGUGGUUAUAACUCUUAAAGAAUCAAAUGGGUACAAAAAUCUGUCGGCUGCUGUAUUUCUUCAUUCAACAUGAGCCAUCAAACAGUGCAGCUGUGCCCAUACUUUUCAGGAAGGUUCUUAAAGAUUGCCACAAAAUCAACAAACAUUGUCAAUUUCACUUAGCCUUCAGCUGCAGUUACAUUGCUUUUACGGCACAAAUAGUUACUAGUCAUGGAUUGCACUGAACUAAUAGUUAAAGAGUUAAAGUAACAAUGUCAUUUGUCUCACUUAAGGCAGAAGAUUCCAGGAAAGUGUAAUAAACGUGCAUUCAAUCUAAGUUGCUCUUUUAAUGUGUUUUUAACGGUAGUAGGCCCUGUUUCCAUCAACCAUUUUUUAGGAACACAAGCAUUGUAGGGCUCUUUAAACAUAGGCUUUCUGCCACUUACUGUAUUAUAGACUUCUGAAUCCUCUGCAGUUGAAACAUUCCUGCUUCUCAUUGUGAUGUGACAAGAUGCAAUCAUUCACUCUAUUUAAGCAUUGCUCAAUGUAGGCACAUGAGAAAAAAAGGGCAUUUUAUUGGCUGUAGUCUCACACACUUGUAUGAGAAUGAAACAUAGCAAAUGGGAGGCAUCUCUUGCAGUUUUCCCCUUUAGUGCGGACAUCUUAAUGAAACCACACUUUUUUUUCUGUGGAAAAUGUUCUCCAUUGAGAACCUGGCAUGAACAGUCUUCCUGUAGCAUUAUAUUCUGUAAAAUUCAGAAAUGUAAUCUUCUUGCUAUCAAUCAUUUCUCAAGGCACGCAACAGCCAAGUGAGUGGGAAUUUCACAGGAUUCAUGUGUGAAGCUCAGUUCCCAGCUCUGGCAUUUUAGUGUGAGCAAGUACACACGUGCAUCGCGCCCUUUGCUAAUAAAUCAUUGCAGUCUAAAGCAUAGUGCCUGAAAUAUGUAGCAGCUGAAGUAUGAUGCCUAUGAACAUGCUGAGCGCUGCAUAAAAUGUCAAUAAUUUUUUUUUUCACCUCUUUCAUUUCAUUCUCACUGUAAAGAAGCUUCUUGGCGCCGGAAAUAUUGUGUUCAAAAUGUUCUGACUUUUUGUGAGUAACAGCAGUUAUGUCAGUGGGGAACCUUCAAUUGGCAUUAUUAGACAUUCUAUGUCUUCUGUUCACAAUGACCUUGUUCCCCCUCCCUUUUUUAUUGUGCAUAGAUUGUGUAAUAUAUUCAACAUCUUUGACAUUUCACUCUGGAAGCACUGACAGGGACUUUGGUGUACAACACUGCACAAACGUAUUUCUGCUGUGUCACUUUUUCAUUUUGUACAGGCACCAUUCUUUUGACACUCUCGUAACGUGUUUUGUCUUGUGUUGGGAGCAUGUUUAUAACUUGGGUUCUCUGAUGAGCCCGAUAGUAAUUGCUCAAGGCUUCCCGGUCUAAGUGUUCUUUUCAAGCGCACAUGUGUUUUAAGCAUCUGCACUGUCGCACAGUUUUGAUUUUGAUUAUACCUACACGCUGUGGUGGUAUCCUUUUUAACAGUCGAGCUUUGUUAAGUUUUUCUUUAUCUUUUGAUGUUGCGUCACUUGUGUCAGUCAGUUGAAAGUCAUGUUGAACCUCUUUUUUGUUAUAUUUUCUCAUUAUUUUUAGUGCAGUUGAGAAUCAGGCUGCACAGUGCUCAACAGCGUGCAAGUGAAUUGUGUAUCAUAACAGAGUGCACAAUGUGAUCUGUGUCUUUCCCUUCUGCGUGAUGUUUUUGUUCAUAUUUUUUUGUGUUUUUUGUUUUUCUUUUUUUGCUGAUGACCUGAGCUAUAUGGGCAGUAGCAAAACACUUGUUUCAAUCCAAUAUGCAUUUCGUCGCACAGUUGUUGAUGUUUUGCUUCUCUCUGUAGUGCCAGGGACAUCAAACAGCAACAAGAAAACUUGACUAUGACUUGCACAAUACAGAGCCAGUAUCUGAAGCAGUUGUACAUUGCCGUGUUAUUUCCAAUUGUACAAAGCAGGUGACAAAUGUGCGCAGGAAUUUUCCUCGAUCAGCCUGUAGGUAAUAAGAGCUCUGAGAUGCAGUUUGCCCCGUGUUAGUACCAGGGUAGACUUAUCUGAAGCUCAGGGGUAGCCUCUUGGUUACUUGUCUCUCGAUUGUUAUAAGUGCGUAGUGAUUCUUGUACAGGUUUUAUGGUACGAAUUUUGUAAAGCCCCCCGAAUGCAAUAACUAGGCAUUCUGAAGAACCCAAGUGCGCAGCAAACCAGCAUGGUGUUGCCAGUCUCUUAUGCAAUCUCUUUGUAAUCGCAUGGCCGUGCGCCACAUUUUCUCGUGUUCCACUGUUUCAAUUGCAAGGGUUCAUGUAGCGAGAGAGAAAGGCCUCUGCGUAAUGGAAGCCAGUGCAACUGCUAGGUAUAGUUAACGCGUGCGGACAGGGGCACAAUAGUUCUGAUGCCAUGAAAGAUUGUUCUGAAGCUACAUGACAAGUUGUUUUGGCCACAAGUUUUUGUGUUUGAUUCUUGGUUUAUGAACAUGUGCUUCAUGAAGGAAAGUGGAAAAGUCAUUGUGUUCUCUGUUGUGUUCAAAGCUUAUUAGACAUCUUUGUGGUGGUGUGGCUUUUUUUUUAUUUUUUGAGUCUGGGUCGAUACACUAGUAUUUUUUAGAUAUUGUGUCAUGCUGUACGCUGUGAAUUUGCUCGCAGUUAACAAACCUUACUUGAUACAGUGUACGCUCAAAGAAGUAAUUGUUAAAGGGCCCCUUACCAGGCCUCAUUGCAAGUUUUGGUGAUACACUGGAAGUUGCAAGGUGCCGUCUAGGAAGCAUUGUAGCGAAAUAAUUUCUCAAAUCAGUUCAUUAUUGGAGGAGAUGGACGAAAUCAACUGUGCUGUUAGUAUUCCACCAGGAGGCUAGUAUCACGGUCAAGGAAGACACUCUCACCCUUUGCUUCGACUAGUUUUCACAAGCAGCGUUCCUUCCCUGCAUUCUCGUAUACUGGAGCCAAGGAACUGCACCACGUUCAUGUGAUAAGCUCCACCUCAUUCUUCUUUCUCUACCUUCUUUGCUGCGUGGCACAUUUCCUUGCGCAUUCUGCAUUGGCUAAUUAACCGACAUUGCGUGCCGUGGUCGGUGGCAUUGCAAGCAUUGUGUCUUGCGAAGAGGCAUUUGUGAGUGUGACGUUGACUCUCUCGCUCGAAGCGCGGCUCUCUCAAGAGGAAGGGUUUGCGGCCUUCUGUUUGAAAUUUCAUCUGUUUUCACCACAGCAUGGUCUGGGCACUGCACUUGUUUGUUUGCAAUGCCCAAACCUGGUGAGGGGCCCUUUAAGAAGAAACCAGUAAUCGACAAGGUGCAGGGCUGCUGUGUCUCCUGAAGCUAACCACCUAGCUUGCAGUUGCUGUUUCUCAUUGGCGGCAAGCUGUUGCUUUACUUAUUGAGUUGCCAAUAUAUUUUUGAUGUUUUACCUUUUGUGACCGAAUUAUCACUUAUUUAUCUUCCAACCAUUCAUUUGUGCUACAUUGGCACGUUUGUGCUGGUUCUAGAUGUUGUGUUGCGUGUGCAAAUGUUCAAGUUAUGUUGUUCAUAGCAGGCACUCUUAAUACCUUGCACUGUUAUUGUUACCAUUUCUUCAGGGUCUCUUCUGCGUCUGUUUGCCUCGAUGCCAUCUUUUAUGUUUUUUUUUUUCUUAUGCCACAUUUUUAUAAAGGGUCUGCCAAAUAGCAAACUAUAUGAUAUAGCCUAGCAGUGUCGGGAGAUUACCAACAGCAAGUUGUAGGUUUCUAUUUAAUAUAGAUGAUAAUAAAAGACAUUAUUAAUA